CUUUGCGAUUGCGUCAUUGCGUGUCGCAAUUUUAGUUGCCUUUUGGCGGGAAAGUUUGGAGUUUUCCGGGACAGUAAAUAUGGCGGAAAACAAGUUUGCAAACACAUGUUGGCUAAGAUGUAAGGCUUAACUUGAACUGCAGUGCAUAGUAAAGUGACAAAACGUUGGUAGUAGGCGAUAACUAGGAUGAAUAUUAACUGUGAAACGAAGCUUGAGGAAAAAGACAAGCUAAAAACAAAGUAGAUAUAAAAAUGGCAUACCUUAUGAACGAGCAAGAAAAGAGAGGAAAGCGCCCUGCGAAUGGAGAUCAUCUUUAUAGAAAGCUCAAAAAACCGUCUUUAUCCCUUGGCGUUAGAGUAGACACAUGCCAUUGGAAUAAACUCUCAGAUGAAGUUAUUCUUGCGGUUUUCAAAUCACUCGACAAAGUUAAUCUGUUUGUGUGCUCAAGAGUGUGUAAAAGAUGGCAAAGAUUGGCAUAUGAUGAGAGCUUAUGGCAGUCGUUGAAUUUGUCCGAGUUUACUGUUGACGAAAACGUUCUUAAACAACUUUUUAACCGAGGUGUCGUUGUUAUGAGAUUAGCUUGGCUGAAGGUUCUUCCUUUGACGGAUGUAAUUGAAGAUUUAAGCAACGAUAGUGCGGUAUAUCGUGUACAAUAUCUUGACGUAACAUCUAGUUCGAUUUCCGAAAAGAUUUUACAUCAAGUGUUGAAGAGUUGUAAGAAUUUGAAGAAGCUUAGCUUGGAAGCUUGUUCAAUAUCAGAUAGAAUUUUACGUGCGAUAAGUCGGUGUCACCAUCUCUCUGUCUUAAACUUAUCCAUGUGUCAAUAUGUUGGUAAGGUGGGCCUCAGGUCAUUGGCCAUCGGAUGUUCAAGGGUAAUGACAGAACUUAAUCUUGCAUGGACCAAUUUAACUCCAGAAUCCAUAGAUGUGGUUGUUAAAAGUUUUCCACUUCUUAGAAAAUUAAAUCUGAGCGGUUGUCGCGAAACAUUGUGUGAUGAAGCUGUUUCUGUGCUGCUUUCAACGUGCCCUAACCUUUCUUGCUUGGAUCUAAGUGAUUGUACAGAGAUCAGUGAACGUUCUGUCAGGUGUAUUGUCGACCAUGGUAAUAUCAAACAUUUAGCAUUGAGCAGAUGUCGUGGUAUAGCACCUGAAAGUCUACAGACAUUAUCUCUUCUUCGAUCAUUACAUUCAGCGCAACUGUUUGGUUUCACCACUGAAAAUGGGUCAAGCGACUGGGAGAAAGCAUUGAAAGGGAUUGAAAUAAAUAUGAACAUGUUUACUAACAUUGCCCGGCCUGUAGGGUCCACUUUUAAAGGAACUAUAUGGGAUAUUAAAUGCUCAGCACUACAUUAAAACAAAACCAAAGUUGUGAUGACUUUUACCUGGAA